UCAAAAGCAGACAACGCCCUCGCCUCAAGCCGACAGUUGUUUACUGAAUUAUUCUUUACCACUUCCCCACUUCAUUGCCGUGCAGAUAUCAAAGAACUGCGAAGACUAGAGGAUUUCACAACUAGAAAAAAGUGUCCCCCUCUUUAUUUUGUACAUCAGAAAACAAACCCUCAAAAGUUAAAAACCAAUGUUCGUUAAAACGGGGUUUUCCUCAACACGAUGAGGAAAAUGCCUUAUUUAAAAGCCAGUGUCGGUCCUGGUGCCUCCUCCCACUCUGGGCCAGAAAUCAGUCCUACUGAAGUGAGGUCUCUGUGCGUUGAUAAUACUAGAGCUCUAGGUACUCCCAAUGGUGAUUCAGCACAAAAUAAGAGGAGCAUUCGAUUGCAGAAGCGAAAUCUGUCUCCAACUCUCCGGCGAAAAAGGGAAUUCGUGCCAGAAGAAAGGAAGGAUGCCAGUUACUGGAAUAAGCGGGAGAAAAAUAACGAGGCGGCUAAAAAGUCGCGAGAGAGACGGCGCUUACUUGACAUGGAGCUGGAGACUAGAGUUAUAGCUCUGAUGGGGGAAAAUGAACGUCUAAAGGCAGAACUUCUGACACUCAAGUACCAGUUAGGACUCGCUGGCGUUCCUCGGCAGUCUCAAACAUUGUGUAGGGGUGUUCUAGCUAAUUUGCUGCCUGAUUUAAGGUCGUUAAAAUGUGCACCGGCUUUGGAUCCAUCCAGUUACGUAGCGCCACCAUUUGGGCUGGGUUAUAGAGAGCGCGUAGAGUCAACUUUCGCGGCUUCCCAGCUGUCUCCUGGACCUUAUAGGGAAAAUGCUCUGUGUUUAGCUGGUGUCUUCCGACAGCCCUCAUUCAAAGAUGGAACAAUAUACUCUAAAGAAAAAUUGCACUGUGUGAAGUGUAAUGUCGAAAGCUUUGGUUCAUCACACCUAUCUAAACCACAAACUCACCAGUUGCUGGUGAGAGGUUUGGAGUCGGGUUCAGCAAUCGCCUUCAAUGACUUUCAAAUUUCAAGAACACAGAGAAACUUUCCUCACAAACUGAGGUUUAAAACGAAUGAGGACUGCCUGCAGCAGAGGCAAAAUUGUUUGAGUGUAUCCUCCAGUAAAGGUCGCUUUGUUGACAUUUACGUUGAUCCCCAUAAGACCUACUUUGCAGCUUUUAGUGACGAACCUCAUCUUAAUUCCAACGUCGAUCGGCGGUUGCAGAGGAGACUGCUGUUUCCAUGGGGGCUUUCAAAUGAUGUCCAGCCCCCAGGCGAAACUGGGUUCAGCAAUAGCUUACAAAUAAACAAAAGCAACGCUCAGAAGCCUGAAGUGCACCCCAUCUGUGAACGCGGCAGUAACUAUAAUGGGAAAGAAAUUGUAGAACGCAAACCUAAGACUUUAUCCGUUGAAAUUGACCAACUUAAAGGGUUGCUUAUACGAGGCUCUGUUUAGAUAGCUGUGCUCUUUGAAAGGGCCUGCAGAAGUUCCCACUGAAAAUUUGCAGUGGAGCCAGUGUUAACUAUUCAGUUCCUGAUGUUAACAGUUAACUGUUCCUGAUGUGCCAAAUUCUGGUUGUCAUCCCAUGAUUUGGUGGCGCAACUAUAAGAAAUAGCUUACCUCAUUACUAUAGUGCAAAUGCAAAAAAAAUCUAAAAUAGCUGGAUCAGGUCAUUUUACCAAUAAAACAAUAAAUAUAGUGCAUGAUUUAUAAAGAAACAGAAUGGAAAGCUAUUGAAAAGUUACGCAGUAAUUGGUGAAAAAAAACAGAAGUGUAGCUGGCUGUACGUGUCAGUCACUGCACACACACCGCAAUUUGUAUGUACCGGUGCCAAUUUUCUAUAAAAUCUUUUAGUAGCUGCCUGUCAUUAUUCAUUUCUGGAAACAGAUCGCUUUAAUUAAAAUAAACAUGGCCGACUUUGAUAUUUACAUCGUCACCACUUGUUGAACAUAUUGAUAUUAAAAACUAUUUAAAAAGGCACGCAUCAAACGCUUUGAUGGGAAAUUAGUACCCUGAUAUCAAGUCACAAGUUUGCAAACAAAGGGUUAAUAUUUGCUGUCGCUUUUAAAAUUGAAACAACUUUGUUUUGUUUUGAUUUGUAGUGCCACUUGAACUGAUUGUAUCUUGAUAAAAGCGUCAAUGUAAUGGGAUAUUAUCGGUUUCAUUACUAAAAUGCAUUACUGGUGUCCAAGUGCGUAGAUAUCUGCGCAAAUGUUUUUUUUAUUUUUGCGUUUGUAUAAAUUCAAUCUGUUUGCAUGUCAUCCGUACUUAAUAAUUGACUGUCAAAAUAUUUAUUUGAGUAAUUACAAAAGCAUUUAAUAAGUAAUACGGUGUUACAGUUUAAAAGUUGCUCUUGGUAAAAAAAAACUUGGGGAGAAAAUAGAAACAAGUUAUUUUAAGUUACCGUUAAUUUGAGAAAUCUGCCGUUCACAGCACAAAUGGCCAAGAAUGUACAGUGUAUAGAUAAAGAAUCCACUACCAAUAUAUUUCACCUUUUUGAUUGGAGUGGUGUAUUCUUAAUUUGUAUGUUGACGAAGUUGCAUUUGAUACAUGAAGUAGCUCCCCUCCCCUUAACUAAUAUAUAUAUAGAUAGAUAAUACUUCCCAAACGUUAAGAAUUGGAUAUGUAGAUAUUGAUUUAAGAGUAUGCCAGUAGGGGAAAUUGUUCAACUAAAACUUACAGGGGAUCAAAGAUCAUUCCUGUAAACUAAGGGUUAGUAAUUUUACAGUCAAGGCUCUGGCUAGUAUUCAUUACAUUGCAUUGCUUUUCUGAGAUACCUCAAUCAUAAAAUGUUAUAUAAAACCUUAUAACAUGAUCAUCCUCCAGAUUUUUUUUUCAUUUGUGCAAUAUGGCUGUGAGGUUUAUUACAGGCAAAAUAAAUAUGUUACAGAGACUGACCACCACUAUUCAUGGGACAGAGAGAGGGUUGACCCUCAUGGUAUAGCUUAGUCACAGCAGUUUCUACUUUCAAAAAUGAAAGGCAUCAUUUAUUUGUUGAUGAACAGUGCUGAAUCCAUGCAUGCAAAUCCAAUCUAAGGUUUAGUCUAUAUUAUUUUGUGAAGUUUUUUUGUUUCUUAAACAUGUCUAUUACAUAAAUUAGCAAACUCACUAA